AUGAAAAUAAAUUGUCAACUCCCAAAUCAUACAAACGAAGAAUUUGAUUUUGAUAAUAUAGAUUUAGAACAUACUUCACUUGUUGAUCUAAAAACAAGAAUAUAUGAUAGAACUGGUACUCCAAUUGAAAAUCAAGUUAUUGAAAUCGACAAUAAAAGAUUACCAUGUAGAUAUGAUAAAAAAUCAUUAUCGAAACUUCAUAUUAAUGAAUCCUCAAACUUAAGAGUCGUUUAUGUUUUAGAUGGAGGUUGUGAUUGUUGUGGUUGUGGAUGUGACCUAUGUGGUUGCGGUGGUUCAUGUAGAUGUUCAAUUCAAUAA